CGCCACCAAUGGGGCCAACUACGCCAGGUGGUAGUUAUACAAUAGAUAGUUUGGUUACAGGCUGUCAGAUUUGGGUACGAGUACCACUCUCCGAGAAUGAGACAGAAGAUCGUAAAGCAGACAUUUUGUCGAUGCGUACAAUAAAUCCAGAUAAUGAUUAUAUGGAAGUUACCGUAGAUGAACCUACCAAAGAUUUUUAUUUGCAUUUCGUUAAUUUCAAUAAACGCCUUGAUACUUGGUUGAACGCCAGUCACGUACUUCUAGAUAGGGAGGUUACAUGGCCAAAACAAGCAAAGGAUAGUAGCACUCCAUCUACACCUUCUACGCCACUCAAUAAUAAAAAUUCUACCCACAAAAACACGUCCUCAAAGGGCAACAAUGCGAGUUUACUCAGAAAGGCAGCAACAAAGGCUGGUAAACUAGCAAAUGGUAACAAGAAACGCAAAUUAGAUCCUAGUUCAAAAGAUGGUGGUAUCAGUUCCGAUGAAGAUGCUGAAAGCGAGAUGGAUACCGAUACGGGUACACCUCUCGCGAAACCAUCGAACCAACAACCUCAAUCAACGUUUUCGAAGGAGGAAGAAAUUGAGAAGCUUAGAACCUCUGGUUCUAUGACUCAAAAUCCUCACGAAGUCGCUCGUGUGAAGAAUCUCAAUAAGGUCUCUAUAGGUGCACAUGAAGUAGAGGCAUGGUAUUUCUCUCCUUAUCCUAUCGAAUACAGUCACAUACCAACAUUAUACAUCUGCGAGUUCUGUCUGGGAUACUAUGCAUCACCAAAGCAACUUGAGAGACAUCGACACAAGUGCACACUCAUUCAUCCUCCCGGUAACGAGAUUUACAGACAUGAGAAUAUUUCAUUCUUCGAAAUUGAUGGAAGGAAACAGAAAAGUUGGUGUAGACAUCUAUGUCUCCUCAGCAAACUCUUCCUUGAUCACAAAACGCUAUAUUAUGAUGUCGACCCAUUCCUCUACUAUGUAAUGACGCAGAAGGAUGACAAUGGUUAUCAUCUCGUUGGAUACUUCAGUAAAGAAAAGGAAUCAGCUGAAGCAUACAACGUCGCUUGUAUUUUAACAUUACCACAAUUCCAAAGGAUGGGUUAUGGUAAAUUACUCAUCGAAUUCAGCUACGAAUUAACGAAAAGAGAGGGCAAACUUGGUAGUCCAGAGAAACCAUUAUCGGAUUUAGGUCUUUUGGGUUAUAGAGCAUACUGGGGUGAAACCAUUCUUGAAUUAUUAUUAUCAAUGGGAGAUGAUGAUAUCUCCAUUGAUGAGAUAGCUCAAAAAACUGCUAUAAACCAUGCUGAUGUUAUGUACACUCUGCAAUCACUCUCAUUACUCAAAACGUUUAAAGGUCAACAUAUUUUGGCUUUAGAUGAUAAUAUAAUUGAGAACUAUGAGAGGGCAACCAGUAAAAAGAGAAGGCAUAUCGAGCCAUCGAAACUAGUUUGGAAACCACCAGUCUUUACAAGAGAACAAUUGAGAUUUGGUUGGUAAUAUGAUCACAUUAAUUUAUGUAACAUAAGUGUACUUAUAUAUAUUUCAAUGCAUUAAUUGUACAAUU